AUGGUCCAGUUAAGAAACAGAAACAUUGUUUACCACGGCCAGGACAAGAUGCAGGCAGACACAAACACCGGCAGGCCUUCGACGCAGCAGAUCGUGAUAGUGUAUGGCAUUCCACUCUUGAUGUCUUUCUUGGGGAUUAUCUUCACCUUAGGGGGAGCAGCAGACAAGCAGGAAGGGGUUACACGUCCAUCAGCCCCUAUCCCGGUGCUACAUCAGUUCAACAUCAUCUUUAAGAAGACAGGAGCCCUCCUUCCCUUCGUUCCCCUCCUUUACCGUCUUGCUGUUUCCCGCCUGGGAAAGUCUUCAUUGCCGAACGACUUCACAAACAGGCACUGCAAAGGAAUUCGAAUCUUUGCUGGUUUUGUCAUCAUGACACUUAUACGGGCUGUAGCAUACAGCUUGACGCUACUGAAGAGCAAGGAUAUAAUGUCUGAUCACGUUUUUCUGGCUCUCUCCGUCUCCGCACUCUGCCGAUUCGAGCUGCAUGUGUGCUUGGAAACUUAUCAUUCCAACAGGUUGAUACAUCUUGCGACCAUGAUGAACUUUAUCAUCGUCGUUUGUGUGAAUGCAAACAACUAUGUCACUGCGCGAUACUUCCAUACUACUGAGGAGUCGGUGAAUUCCCUCCUCUGUGGAUUUCUUCUCUUUGAAAUCCCGGGUACAAUAUGUUGA